AUUUUGGGUCCACGAGACACUUUAUAAUUAAAAUGGUCGUCAGUUGUUGAUUCUCGCCAUGGAUAGAAUUCCUAUGUGUCAUUUUUUAGAAUAAGUAUAUAUUUCAAAAUUUUCUGGUUAGUAAUCAGUCAAAUGUGACUAAUUGGCUUUGAUGGAAAGUGACCCAGAAAAUGUCUAAUUAAUAAAAAUCAUUCGUUCUUUGAAUUGAUGGGUUUUAAUCGAAAUUUUGUUGUCUAUUUUGCAAGAUAACCUCAAUAUUGUGAAUCAAUGUACGAGGAUUUCAAUUGGUGAAAAAUUUUAAUAUAACAAAAUGACUGAAUCGAACGAAAAUUCUAUGCUGGAAGGUGAGGAACCUGAAAAUACAGAAGUUAAAGGAACUGAAAUGGCGAAAUUUGAAGUAACUGAAACUACAGAAAGUGAAAUAACAGAUGUUAUAGAAGUAAAAGAUUCUCUUACAACUACCAAAGAGGAAAAAAGUAAAGAACAAAAUGAAAAAACUAAAACGCAAAAAAAUAAAAGGAAAUGUUCUUCUAAGAAAUGGACUUGUGAUGAUGAGAAUGUCUGGCGCAAUUAUAUGAUGUCAUUUAUUGAAAAAUAUCGAAGAUUAAAACGAGCCGAUAAACCUAAGGAGAAAAAUCCGGCGGCUCUUCCUGGAUUUUCUCAGUUGGUAUCGAGUGAAAAUAUUCCUCAAGGAUUAAAAUGUUUUCCAUUGAAUACUUUUCAUCAGAACUAUAAAGCUAAUCUUCUCAGAGAAUUAACUCCUGAUGAUAAGGCAGAUAUUUUAAGUUCCCUUCAACAAGAUGUUCCAAAACUAUCAAAAAACAUUAGUAAAAUAUGGCCUGGGACGUCACCAUAUAUCAAGAGGAAAUUGGCAGAAGAGUGGAAGCACAUUGAAAAAAUAACGAAAAGUAAAAGAAUGGGAGUAUUGCCGUGUCUUUUGGAAACAGAAGAUAUAAGCGAAUAUGGGCCUAAUGACGAUUAUAUUAGUCAUAAGGGAUUGGGACAUGCAAGAAUUCCACGUACACAUCCCAAAAUCGCCAAAUAUUUAAUGGUGGAUCGAGCUGCUGGUGAAAAUCCAGGAUUGGUGGAUGGAGAUUAUAUACUGCUUGAGUUCUCGUCUAAAAAGAAAGGAAAAAGAAUAUAUGCAGAUGUAUGUCUCAGAGGCCUGAAAGGAAUGCAUAUUGUGGAAUUAUCUCCAAGACGUGAAAGAGAAAAAACUUGGAAAUUCUGCUUCUAUCAAGCGGUUGUUGCUUUAUUGGCUAAAACACAAUUGAGAUACAAACUUGCAUGGAGUGUAAAUGUAGAUUAUAUCUACGACCACGCUUGGAUGCUUUUCUUGCACAUGGGUUACAUCAAUAUAAGGAAAAAUCAACGUUUUGACGAUAUAGUGGUUUAUAAUUACAAAUACGGCAUUGAACUGGAAUUGAUUCACGAAUUAAAGGAGAUUCCUCGAAUCACUGACGUGAAUUCGGAUUUUGAGGAGAAAACUUUGAAAAAGCAGGAAGAGUUAGAGAGAAAGGAAUUGAUGCACACUUCAGAAGUAAUUGGUUCCGAGAAGAAUUCGAUCACCCAAAAAUUACUAGUUCAUAAAACCACAAAAGAAAUAGAGGAUUGGUUUGAUAAGUUGGAUCUACAGAACAAGAAUUGUGUCUUCAGGACGACUAGAUUUGCUUUAGCUUUUUGGAAAGAUGGACUCUACUGGUAUCUCUAUAAUCCUUUUAGGUGUGAUCAAUUUGGAUUGUGGAAUGACUGUGGAUACGGCUGCAUCAUGAAAUUUUGCUCAAGAGAGUCUCUGAAAAGACAUCUAAUGAUUUUGUUGCUUCGCGCUUAUGUGUAUGAGGCUCAUUUGGUGGUGAAUGAAGAUGGCACCGAUGAGCAAGAAAACGGAGAAAAUGAACAUGAAGGCCAAGGAGGCGGAAAAAAAAAAUGCAAUACAUUCGAAGGAGAUAUACCGAAUGAAGGAGAUGGAGAUCGAGAAAAUCAACGAGAAAAUUCAAGCAAUCCAGAUGGACUAGAAGAGGAAUCAGAACUAAAAAAGGACGUCUUCACUAUCCAAAUAUUCCAGAUGACAUACCACUGUUGCGAAUUUCACAACAUCAAAUUAUUACAAAGGGGUGUUCCCAAACAGAAAUUGCAUUCUUUACCCAAAAACGAAUUAUAUGCUUGUCCAGUAGACUCAGAUGAGUUGUCAGACAGUUGUGUGAAUGAAGAAGAAAAAGAAUUUGAUAUCUGUGGAAGAGAAAAAUUAGAGAAGCAAAGUUGGCUUAAAUCAAUGAGAAUUACAUGGGCAAGAUUGUCAAGUACGGAGAAGGAAAAGAAUGAAAAAGAUAUCAUUACCAAGAAGCUGAAGUGGCAUCAUUAUUAUGUGGAGGAAGAGGGUAAGCUUUUCUCUUUGUGGGGCCAAGUACAUAUUAAAGAUCCAAUUUUUCCGGUGGAGAAUAGAGGCAAACAAUGUAAUGCUUGCUAUGUAAUUUUUGCUGGCAUGACGAAGCUAAUGGCACCAGAAUAUUGGUCCCCUCGGACUUUAGAUGCCAUUUUGUUUUGUGGAGAUGGCUACUAUACCUCCAGUGUCCUAGAAGCGGAAGAAAAAUCUCGAAAACCAGAAUAUGUGAAUGUUGAAUGUUGGAACAAUUACCUCUCUGAAUAUUUUAAAAUUGGAGAGUUAUUAUUCCAAGUCCGAGUACUACCAGAAAUUUGUGGAAAAAUAUACGUCAAAUCCAACAGAUAUCUUUGGAAAACCUUAGAGCAAUUUUUUCUGAAAUAUCGAUUUGGUAUUCUAACAUGUGAAAAUGUAUGUCUUGGAAUUUCGAAAUAUUGUGAAGCCUACUAUAUAUUCGAUGCUCAUUCGUUUGGACCUCCCUUAUUUCAGUAUGGGACUGGAAAUGCUUAUAUGCUAAGAGCCACUUAUUUUUUUAAAUUUAUUACUAUUUUAAUUAUAACGAUUGGAUCACCAGAGUGCAGUCAAUUUUCUUUGAAUCCAAUCGAAAUUUUGCAGAUUCAUGACCUUAAUAAUGUCAAUGGCCCUGGGAAGAAUCACAAGGAAAUAUUUAGGGAAAUUAAGUAAAAGACAAAGUGCUCAAUUAACGAUUAAGAAGGUUAUAAAAAGAAGUGAGUCGAAGAGUCGGGGUAAUGCGAUUAGUAACAUAAUUUCUUUGAAGCGUCCAAGUACAUAAUCUUAAGAUGCAUAUUUGAUUUGAUUAUUAUAUGUAUAAAAGCAUAAAUUGAAUAUACAGUUGUAC